AUGGCGAAUGCUUUGAAAAUCGCUUUCCAACCGCUGCUCAGACUACACUCACCUCAUAAGAUGGUUAGAAGUAAUCAGAAUCAAGUUGAAUGUUUUGUAUCACAGAGAAUGUUUUCUGUCGGCGCUUCUGGUUCAAACUCGGAGAUCCUCGUCGACAAGCAUGACCGAAAACGAGUGGUGACGUUGAACAGGCCGAAGGCUCUCAACGCCCUCAAUCUCAACAUGGUCCGAGAGUUUUAUCAUGUUCUACAGGUUUAUUUUCUACAAUUACACUCAAAUUUCACAAGUUGUAGCAAUGGAAUAACUCAGCAGAUGUGGAUCUUGUGAUUGUGAAAGGCGCCGGUGGAAAAGCUUUUUGCGCAGGGGGAGAUGUCCUCGGUAAGUGCCUAUGGAAACUUGCUCUUUUCAUUUUUAGCUAGCGGUUUCAAAAUCAGCAAAAGAUGCACAAGCUGGAGGGAAGUCAACCGAUCACAAAGACUUUUUCAGGUUUCUUCUCAUCAAAUUCUUAGAUAAUACAAUUUUCAGAGAAGAGUACAUUUUGAACAAUUUGAUUGGGACAUUUUCCAAACAGUACGUCGCAUUAAUCGACGGAAUCGUCAUGGGCGGUGUAGGUUGAGAGGAAUUGACUUUACAUGACAUGGUUCAGGGGUGCGGAGUCUCUAUCAAUGGAAAGUUUCGUGUGGCAACAGAAAAAACUAUGUUGGCGAUGCCUGAAACUGCUUUGGGACUGUUUCCGGACGUCGGAGGGUCCUAUUUUCUCUCCAGACUCAAGGUGAAAUCGAGAUGUUCGACGUUUUCGAUUGUCCAGUCUUUAAAUUGUGGGCGAAUGGAUUAA